AGCUCAUAAUUCACAGAUUCAAUAAUUAUGCUAUACAUGUUUAUAUAUUUACAUACAGCAUAUAGGCCUACAAUAUAAUGUGUUAAAAACAGCAUUUUAUAGUUGCGUUUAUACAGAAGGAGAGAUAUUUCUAGAUUUUGAUUCACAGCACGAGAAUAGUCACACAUCUCUUCCAGCAUUUAGCGAGGUCCGCAACGUUUCGUGGAGGAUUUACUGCAUCAUACGAACGUUUAUUCUUUCCCGACUGCGAUUCAGACCAACUGCCUGAAAAGCAGACCAUCUAGAGCAGUGGAGAAGUGCACCUUAAUUGUAUACUGAGGUCUUGUCGGCCAUCAGUGCAGCUGUUCCAGGGAAAGGUGAUUUAAGGUACCUGCAGUUCCCGAAGGGGUACUGUCACUGUGCCCUGUUAGAUUAAGGACCGAAUGCGUACUAUUGUGGACGGUCCUUCAGCACGUUCACCGCGGCCUGAAGGACGCAGUCGCGGUCUUUUCAGUAACCCGAUCCUCAGUGAAGCAGCGAAUGUCCAGACAGAAGUAUAAAAGCGGGUAAUUGGCCCGCGCGUCUGAGAGGCAUGACAGAGCGCGCGGUGUUGGGAGAUCUGAGGCGGCGCCUGUGCUCGUGCAACCGCUCCCGCGCGAUGGCGGCAUUCAAGGGCGUCUGGACGCAGGGCUUCUGGCGGGCGGCGUCCGGCGAGUUCCUGGCGACGCUCAUCUUCGUCCUGCUCAGCCUGGGCUCCACCGUGAGCUGGGCGGCGGCGGCGGCGGGCGAGGAAGCGGAGGAGGAGGGGAAGAAGCCGCCGCCCGCCGACCUGGUGCUCAUCUCCCUGUGCUUCGGGCUGACCAUUGCCACCAUGGUGCAGUGCUUCGGGCACAUCAGCGGCGCCCACGUCAACCCCGCCGUCACCGUCGCCAUGGUGUGCGCCCGGAAGCUCAGCCUGGCCAAGGCCCUCUUCUACCUGGCCGCGCAGUGCCUGGGAGCCGUGGUCGGCGCGGGGGUGCUCUACAUGGUGACCCCAGAGUCCGUGAGAGGAGGGCUGGGGGUUACUGAGGUCAACAGCACCAUCUCUGUGGGCCAUGCCCUAGUGGUGGAGCUGUUCAUCACGUUUGAGCUGGUCUUCACCGUGUUCGCCACCUGCGACCCCAAACGCCACGACCUCAAGGGCUCGGCCGCCCUGGCCAUCGGCUUCGCCGUCUCCAUCGGGCACCUGUUCGCCAUCCCCUACACGGGCGCCAGCAUGAACCCCGCCCGCUCCUUCGGCCCGGCCGUGGUGACCUGGAGGUGGGAGAACCACUGGGUGUACUGGGUGGGUCCCAUCAUGGGCGGGGUCCUGGCCGCCGCCCUGUACGAGUACCUGUACUGCCCCGACCUGGAGCUGAAGAAGCCGCUGGGCGGCGCCUUCGCCCAGGACCCCUACCCCUCGGCCAAGUACAAGGAGGUGGCGGACGGAAGGUUCCGGAGGGACGCGGACGAGCUGGUGGUCAGCCCGGGCCCCUACCCCGCGCCGGACAGGCCCGAAAAGAGGGAGAGGGACCCGUCCGGCGAGGUCCUGUCCUCCGUAUGACUAGCGCGGAGCGCUGAGGAAGGAGACGCCCCCGCCGCGCUCUACCGCUGCCCCGCCUCCGCCCUCAAAGAGACGGACCUCCUGUGAGCGCGCUCCCUCCCUCGGACCCUGGCGCUCAAAUCGCGCCCAAGGCUCGGGGGAGGGGGGGGUGGGUACCGCUGGUUCUCCUCCCCUAACUUUACCUGGGACUCAGUCUGGGGAAGACAGCGUCUGGCCAAUCAGUA